CUCCCUCCGCAGCAGCAGAGCCGGACCUGCCUCUCCGGGCGCACUCCGCCAGCCCCGCCGCCGGCCCGCAGCGACAGACAGGCGCUCCCCGCAGCUCCGCACGGGACGCAGGCCGCCGGGCACCGCCGCCGGACCCCAGCGCCCUCCCUCCGUCCGCCCCGAGGAGUUUGUCGCCUGCCCGAGCACCUGCGCACACAUGGAGCUGGACCACCGGACCAGCGGCGGGCUCCACGCCUACCCCGGGCCGCGGGGCGGGCCCGCGGCCAAGCCCAACGUGAUCCUGCAGAUCGGGAAGUGCCGGGCGGAGAUGCUAGAGCACGUGCGGCGGACGCACCGGCACCUGCUGACCGAGGUGUCCAAGCAGGUGGAGCGUGAGCUGAAGGGUCUGCACCGGUCGGUGGGGAAGCUGGAGAGCAACCUGGACGGCUACGUGCCCACGAGCGACUCGCAGCGCUGGAAGAAGUCCAUCAAGGCCUGCCUGUGCCGCUGCCAGGAGACCAUCGCCAACCUGGAGCGCUGGGUCAAGCGUGAGAUGCACGUGUGGCGCGAGGUGUUCUACCGCCUGGAGCGCUGGGCCGACCGCCUGGAGUCUACGGGUGGCAAGUACCCGGUGGGCAGCGAGCCGGCCCGCCACACCGUCUCCGUGGGCGUGGGGGGUCCUGAGAGCUACUGCCACGAGGCGGACGGCUACGAUUACACCGUCAGCCCCUACGCCAUCACCCCGCCCCCGGCCGCUGGCGAGCUGCCCGGACAGGAGCCCGCCGAGGCCCAGCAGUACCAGCCAUGGGUCCCCGGCGAGGACGGGCAGCCCAGCCCUGGCGUGGACACACAGAUCUUCGAGGACCCUCGAGAAUUCCUGAGCCACCUGGAGGAGUACUUACGGCAGGUGGGCGGCUCUGAGGAGUACUGGCUGUCCCAGAUCCAGAACCACAUGAAUGGGCCGGCCAAGAAGUGGUGGGAGUUCAAGCAGGGCUCCGUGAAGAACUGGGUGGAGUUCAAGAAGGAGUUCCUGCAGUACAGCGAGGGCACGCUGUCCCGAGAGGCCAUCCAGCGUGAGCUGGACCUGCCGCAGAAGCAGGGCGAGCCGCUGGACCAGUUCCUGUGGCGCAAGCGGGACCUGUACCAGACGCUCUACGUGGACGCAGACGAGGAGGAGAUCAUCCAGUACGUGGUGGGCACCCUGCAGCCCAAGCUCAAGCGUUUCCUGCGCCACCCACUGCCCAAGACCCUGGAGCAGCUCAUCCAGAGGGGCAUGGAGGUGCAGGAUGACCUGGAGCAGGCGGCGGAGCCUGCCGUCCCCCAUGUCCCUGCGGAGGAUGAGGCCGAGGCCCUCACGCCCGCCCCCAACAGCGAGUCCGUGGCCAGUGACCGGACCCAGCCCGAGUAGAGGGCAUCCCAGAGCCCCCAGCCUGCCCACCACAUCCAGCCUGUGGCUUUGCCCACCAGGACUUUUGAGCUGGGGCUGACUCCUGCAGGGGAAGCCCUGGUCCAGCUGGGUGCCCCCUCGGGCUCUGGGAGGACUCUCACACACUCGCGUCAUCCAGAUGUGGGCACCGCAGCCCAGCAGCAAAGAGCCCUCCCCCCUGCAGGGCUCCGCCCAUCGCCCUCCCUCUGUCUGUCUUCCCCGGCCUGGACCCCACCCUCCACACACUCAGGCCUUCACAGAACACCCCAGCUUCCUCAUUCUGCUACAAUGCCCAGGCCCUCUGGACAUCCAGAAAACAAAGUGUCCGGAUAGCAGGGGCCAGCGGCCACCAAGCUCACGGGACACCCCAGAGCAGAAGCUAGGGCAGAGCCGAUGCUGAGGGAGUCUCGACUUCCGGCGCCACCGCCCUCUCCCAGCAUCUGCAGAGCCAGCUGACGCCCUCCCUGCCUCCCAGGGCAGCUGGCCAGCCUUGGGCAGCACAGCCCCCUCCCCCUCCUCCCAGGGGAGAGCAGAAGUCGCAGACGCAGCAGCAGCAGACCUGAUGUCCCGGUGCUUCCUGGCCCCUCAGCUCCAGUGAUUCACGCCUGCCUGGAGAAGAAUCAGAGCUCAGCUCGUGACUCACCCAUGGCAGGUGGAGGGUCCCAGAGGGGCUGAGUCCUCAAAUCCGGCUGAGGCAGCAGCUGGCACCAUCGGAGCCAGGAGAGUGACAACAGGUCUCAAGGUUCCCACAGAGUCUUUGCUGCUGUGCUGGGCACCACCCACCCCUCACCUUGCAGGCUGCCUGCGUGGGAGGCGAAGUCCCGGGACAGCCCAGAGGGGUGCUACAGAGAGGAGUCAGCUGCAGCAGAGGGCAGGAGCCCCAGCUUAGCCCUAAGCGCCAGCAUGAGGGCCAGGGCCUGCCACGAAGCCCGCCCCGCUGGCCACCAGCUGCCCGCCCCCAGAGCCACUGCAGCAGGAGUCGGGUCCUGCCUCCCUCCCAGCAGGGAAACCCCGCCCGCUGCCAGGCCAUCCUCUCUGCCAGAGGCUUUCAUGAGCCCCAAGGCUGGGGCCACAGCUCCUACUCCUGCCCAGCAGCCCUGAGCCCAGCUGCAGGAAGGAGAUCCCAGAAGCCUUUGCUCCUGGGGCUCCUCCAGGCAUUCUGCCCUGCCCCGACACCAGAACCCUGGUGCUGGUGGGCCACUAGCGUCUGCAGCCUGAGCAGGCGCUGGCUCAGGGUUCAUCUUUCUGCCUUGUCCACUGGGGGGCCAGUCCUACAGACCACUCUGACAAAUCUUCAGCCCAUACCCUGCCAGCCCCACAGAUUUUAUUUUUGCACAUAAGCCAUAACCGAUCCUCACAGGCUGGCACAGGCUUUGGGGAAGCCCUGGAGCCUGUGAAGACCCUGGAAACCUCAUGAGGCUGUGGCCGACCCCUGCCCCUUACCCCCGCACAGACCAGGCCUUAAAUGUCCGUCCAGGCCCUGUGUACCUUACCCCAAAGACAGACUCUUUUUGUAAGAUUUUGUUAAUAAAACACUGAAACUUC